AUGAGUGAAACGUCAGGCUGGAACUCGUUUUUCCACAGGAACACCUCAUAUGACACUUCCGCACCCAGAUCUCCCUCUCCACAAUCUCAGAGAAUAUCUUUUUUUCCGCAUAGGGAAGAUGACUAUGAUCAUACAAGCAAUAUACCCAUGGAAAUGAAAAUGGAAGAAGGCAAAACGAGAAGGGAUAGUACCGACCCGUCUAUACCUCAAAAACCUGAGUUCUGGAUGGCACCCGAGAAUUCUGCAUAUUCUCCAAGUGCCCCACAUGCUUCUCAGUUGCAAGAUGAGCGUGCCCUAUUUGGUGAGAGAGAGGGUCGACCUAAGGUAGAAAGCGACGAAGAAUAUGCCAAGCAGUUGUACCAGGAUGAGGCCAAUCGGCGGUAUAGACGGUCUGACAGCCGGUACCAGGACGAGUUUAAUCCGCCGUAUAGACCGCCUGAGAAUGCUACUUAUUAUGGUGGAUACCCUGACCCUGAUGGUGCGCAGGAACGUCCUACAAAAAGCUCAUUACCUGAAGCAUUAAGGGAUCCAGAGGUGUUGAAGCAACUACGUAACAAAAAGUUGUGGAAACCUUGGUUCCUAGCGGUCGUAACUACAGCACAAAUAGUCGUGUUAAUAUUCGAAUACGUUAAUAAUAAGAAAAUCACAGGGGAUUAUAUUGAAACAAAACCAGUAUUUAAUCCUAUGAUUGGUCCAUCUUCAGAGGUACUCAUAUUAAUGGGAGCCCGUUUUGUGCCAUGCAUGCGUACUGUUCCUCAAAUUAUGAAUUUGCCGUUUAUCUGUCCUAAUCAAACGACAAGUGGUACGACGGGAGGACUGACAUGCAAACUGGAGGAUGUGUGUGGGUUUGGAGGAUUUCACGAUCAACCACCCGAUCAAUGGUAUCGGUUCAUCAUUCCAAUCUUUCUUCAUGGUGGGAUUAUUCAUAUAUUAUUCAAUAUGUGUUUCCAAUUACAAACUGGAGUUCAAGUGGAAAGGGAAAUGGGAUUUUGGAGGUUUGGGAUUGUUUAUAUGGCGAGCGGAAUAUUUGGCUUUAUUCUUGGAGGAAACUUUGCUCAAGCGACUAUUCCUUCAAUGGGCGCAUCUGGAGCACUGUUUGGAAUAGUCGGUAUACUUCUUAUCGACCUGUUCCAAAAUUGGCGCAUCAUCAUCAGACCGGGUUGCGAAUUAGCGAAACUACUUGCUAUGAUUGUGUUUAGCUUCCUUCUCGGUCUUCUUCCUGGCCUUGAUAAUUUCUCACAUAUUGGUGGAUUCAUCAUGGGCAUAUUAACGGGACUCGUUUUUAUGCCAACUCUCAAAUUCACUAAACUUCAGGGAAGAGUUACAUGGGCAUUGAGACUUAUUGCUUUCCCUAUUGCGCUCAUAUUAUUCAUAACGCUGACAAAGAACUUCUACACUGCCGAUCCAAGUGCGAGAUGUCAUUGGUGCAAAUAUCUGAGUUGUUUGCCUGUUAAUGGUUGGUGUGAUGAUACCGGCAUCAAGAAUACUACUUAUACUAGCGGCUCAUGA